GUGACCAGAUCGGUUCUCAGAUUUUCCGGAUCAAUAAAUCACCUUUUGGGAUCCCUACUGAGUUGACGCAGCCCAGCUCUUACAUGUUCCGUCAAUUUGAAGACACUAGCAUCUGAAAAAGAAAAUGAAAAACAAACAAGUUUGGUACCAUACAGAAGACAGAGUACAGAUGCUAACACACAAGUAGUACAACCAGGCCCUCGGGAUCCUUAUUCUCCUCACCAGGCCCCAGAGAGCAACAUGGAUUUUGUCAUGGCUACAGCUGAUGAUUUGUUGAACUGUGGAAGAAGGACUUCUCUGUGGCCCAUGACAUUUGGUUUAGCAUGCUGUGCUGUGGAAAUGAUGCAUUUUGCUGCCCCACGUUAUGACAUGGAUCGAUUUGGAAUUGUAUUUCGAGCAAGUCCACGUCAUGCUGACGUCAUGAUUGUCGCAGGCACUUUGACAAAUAAGAUGGCACCUGCACUGAGAAGGGUAUAUGAUCAGAUGCCAGAUCCCCGCUGGGUGAUCUCUAUGGGAAGCUGUGCCAAUGGAGGAGGAUAUUAUCAUUACUCAUACUCAGUUGUCAGGGGCUGUGACAGAAUUGUGCCGGUAGACAUAUAUGUACCUGGUUGUCCACCGACAGCAGAAGCCCUUUUGUAUGCUUUUCUCCAGUUACAGAAAAAAAUCAAGAGGAUGAAAGUUACUCAGACAUGGUAUCGCCGUAAUUACUUCAACCCAAAGAAAAGAGGCACUUUAGGGGAACCCCAGGAUGUUCCCUUUCAGAAGCUAUUCAAUCUAGUAAAAUUUAAGAGACAGGAAAAACAAUGAUCUAAUUUUCAAAAAAAAAUACCUAUUUUAUGUACCUUAUAUGUUGGUUCUGCAGAUGGACAUGUGCAGAAAAUCAGUGACAUAUAGAUGUGUGUGACAAAUGUUUACUUUGUUGUUGUACUACAAGAUGUGCGAUUAAAACUGUUAUUGCUUGAAAAAAAAA